AUGGUGUUGGAGAAGGCUUUCCUACUAUGGUGUAGAGGCCAAGAUGAGAUUACCAUACUGAUGAAAGCAGUGACUUGUGCUGUCACUGCACUUUACACACAGGUUUCUUUCUCGGAUCCCGAAACAAAGAAACUCACUCACCGUUUUCUCACAGUUUUUCAGCAUCCAAGCAAGAUCUUGCACAUAAUCAUCAAAUUCUCCGCGAGUCCUGUGACUUUUGCAAGUUAUGAGUUACAGAAGAUUGCAACCCUUGGUACAACAGGAAGGUUGUUUGUUCGGGCCAUGGGUUUAUAUACUGGAAACAAUUUGUGGGGAGAUAAUCGUUCAUCCAGAUCAUCACUGGUAGAUGGUUUUGAUAGUCUAGAGGAGGGUGGUCUAAGGGCUUCUUCCUCUUACUCACGUGAAAUUAAUGAGCAUGAUAAUGAAAAAGCCAUAGAGAGUUUGCACGACAAAGUUUCCUUUUUGAAACGAUUAACAGGUGAUAUACAUGAAGAGGUUGAGAGUCAUAACCAGUUGCUUGAUCGGGUGGGUAACAAAAUGGAUGCGUCAAGGGGUAUGAUGAUGGGAACCAUGGAUCGAUUCAAGAAGGUUUUUGAGAAGAAGUCAACGAGGAAGACGUGCACAUAUGUGGGUUAUUUCACAGUUGCCUUCAUAUUCAUAUACUAUCUUAUUAGGUUCAUAAACAAGACUAGCAUUUACUUUGCAGGAUGCUUGGAUAUUUUACUCUUGGGUAGGCCCGUGUUGCUAAAAGCUCAUAUGUUUGAUCUUCUGAUGGAUGUUUGGAAUGUUGUUUUCCUUGGGAAAAAUGAAAACUCAGAUGGUUUCACCAAGACCAGAGCUUCAUAUGUGUGA